CAGAGAAAUGAGUCCAGUCAUCCACAUACAUGUCAACAUAUUUACUGCCCACAAUAUAGGCAAGGGACUUUUAUGGUGUUUGAUUAUGCAUCUUUUACUCCUGAAAUCAUGUUACCAGUGAUUCUGCUUCUGAUGGGUCUUUCUGGGCUCACUUUGCCAGUCCAAGCUGCACCGGGUCUUUUGGAUGACAUUUUAACUUUAUUUGAUGAAAUAUAUGACUACACUGUUAAUGACACCACAGAGGAAAUAUCCUCAGCUGAAAUUAAUGAAAGCAUUGAUUGGAUUUUUUCCUUCUUUGAUGAACCAGAAGUGUGUGACCCAAACCCAUGCCAGAACAAUGGAGUAUGCGAGGUCCUAGAGAGUGGCGGCUUCAAAUGCAUCUGUAAAGAGCCUUACAUUGGCAAAAAGUGCCAGGAUGAGAGGAAUGUUUGUAAAAAAGUGAAUUGCGGUUAUGGUGACUGUGUCAGAAUUCAAGAAGCCCCAUUUUAUGAAUGCAAAUGCCGCCCCCCCUACAUGGCCCCUACGUGCAAGAAAGCCUCUGCUUGUGACCCGAGUCCAUGCCUGAAUGGAGGAAAGUGUGUUAAAGGCCGUACCAGAGCCAGUUUCACAUGCAAAUGUCCUGAAAAUUACAGUGGGAGGUUCUGCCAAGUUGGUCCAAAUGAUUGUUAUGAGGGAAAUGGGGAAUCAUACAUAGGUUUUGUCAGUCAGACAGUGGAAGAAAUUGAAUGUUUACCAUGGAACUACUAUCGUAUUCCCUUCAAGGAGUUUGAAGGGAAUGAAACCAUUGGAGCCCACAAUUACUGCAGGAAUCCGGAUGGAGACCGGGAGCCCUGGUGCUUUUUGAAUGACAAGGGGAAUCUCCGGUGGGACUACUGUAAUGCCAAGCCAUGCUCUGAACCAGAACCAGUAAAACCCUCCACAGCCCCUGCAAAACUGCACUUUUCUGACUGUGGAAAGACUCAGGCUAGUAUGAUAGCCCCAAGGAUAUUUGGUGGGAAGAAGUCUCUGCCUGCAGCCCAUCCCUGGCAGGUCUCAUUUCAGGUCCGUCCCAAGGGCUCUAAAGGAUCAUUCAGCCACAACUGUGGAGGAACCCUUAUUGACUCCUGCUGGGUCCUGACUGCUGCCCACUGCAUUGAUGAGAACGAGGAGGUAAGGGUGGAGAUGGGUGGUGUGAACCUGGAGAAAGAUGAUCCUGCAAAACAGUUUCUUGAGGUGGAGAAAAUCAUUGUUCAUGAGAACUAUACAGAGACUGCUGAAGCCCUGUAUAAUGAUAUAGCCCUGCUGAAAUUGAAGGCAAUAAAUGGACGGUGCGCCAAUGAGACCAGGUCCGUUAGGGCAGCAUGUCUUCCCACCGAUUCAUUCCCUGAUGGAACAAUUUGCACCAUAUCAGGCUAUGGAGCCACUGAGAAAGAGCAUGCCGUCUCUCCUCAGCUGCUGGAUGCCAAAGUUCUCUUAAUCUCUCAGAAGCGUUGCAAGUCUCGUAAUGUCUACGGGAACAGACUGGAUGAUUCUAUGAUGUGUGCUGGAUAUAUGCAGGGAAAGACUGACUCUUGUCAGGGUGACUCUGGUGGACCCCUGGUUUGUCAGAAGGAUGAGACACAUUACAUCUAUGGUGUGGUUAGUUGGGGUGACAGCUGUGGUAAGAAGAACAGGCCCGGUAUCUACGCCCGUGUCACCAAGUUCAUUGACUGGAUCAAUGAAAAGAUGCGUGCAGUUUAGGAUGGCUACUCAAAAGGUUUGAGUUCAAUGAUAGUUAAUAUCAUAACCUAAAAGCUGAAAGAGGUUUUACCUGAUAAAAACAAAAUUCAAUAUGUGUGUAUAUAUCAUUAGGCAGCAGACCAAUUAAAAAUAGUUUUUUGGGGGAUUAGCCCUUUAAUAAUGUCACUUUUGUGAUUCAUGUUCAUAUUAAGGUCAAAAUCAAAUGAAAGUAGUGACUUUUCUUUUCCCUGUCUGAGUGUAAUGGACUGCCAAAAAAAUUGUAGUAUGGGGGGUUGGUUCUAUGCAUCAGUUAUGCAUUGGAUUUUGGUAUAAUUGCUGGGGCAGUUUAUAUGCAGACAUAAUGAUUGAAGCCUUUUUAACCAGCAGACCCAUACCUUUGAUUAAAAAAAUAAAUAUGCAUAGAUAAACUCUUAACAGUAUGAUCUGUAUGCAUUUAGGAAAAACAUAGGGUGAAAUUAACUUCAUACUGACCUUAUUAGCUCAUUACUGAUUUAUUGUGCCUUUUGUUUUAAGACUUGUGUAACAUUUUCAAAGUCAUUAAGUUGUUAAUAAAUCAGUGUUUGUACAGAUAUUAAAAUAAAAAUGUUUAGGAAGUCUUGACUCAUUUACUUUUAGAAUAAAACUUCCGAUUUUAAAGUCUCACCAAAAGCCAUUGAGUGUGAAUCCAUGAAUGACGCCACACCAUACCAAUACUUUGUAUCAACACACAAUUUAUUUCCGAUUAAUGAAGGUUUAAUUUGCUUCAUAACACCAAACAUAAGAGACACUGAAAAAAACAAUUCGGUAUACAUCAAAUCGGCCAUGCUCUGAGAAAGAAAACCUUUAUUCACAUGGAAAUUAUGACCAAGUGAGCAUGUCACAAAUGAUAGAACUCUUCCGGAGAUGUGAAAUAAGCUCAGAUAUCGGCCUUAUAAUAGGUUUUCACAAAAGGACUUGCACAGGAUCUUUCUGCAAAAAGAAUAAAUGCUGCAGCCAAAAUUUAAAGAAAAUCAAAUCAAGGCGUUACACAGGAGCAAUCAGGAGAAUACUGGAAACAGCCAAGCACUCUGCACCGCAACACGCCACCUUAACAGCUAACCAGCAAAACUCAACUGCUACGCAACUGCGCCUAGUGCAUAGAAAAUACACAAGAGAGAAUAUUAGAAUCAUGGUGUGAAAUUUUCCAUUUAAACCAUAACAGCACCUGCUCAGUUAGCAAGCUUUAUGAUGUCACGGUUUUACAUAUGAAGGUUUUUUUUAGUGGCCAAAUUUCAGUCUCUACCCAGUCCUUUAAGGUCAAAGAAAUAUUCACAUCAUCCAAAAUUGUCCAUUAAUAAGUGUUUAUUAAGAACAAAAAAACUGAUUAAAAUGAACUUACUUUAGUCUGGGA